AUGACGUCCUACACGCCGUACCUCGUCCUCCUGUGCGGCGCCGUGGGGCUGGCCAGGGCCGCAAAGAUCGUCAUCGUGCCGCCCAUCAUGUUUGAGAGCCACAUGUACAUCUUCAGGACGCUGGCGGAGGCCCUGCACGAGCGGGGCCACCGCACCGUGUUCUUGCUGUCUGAGGGCCGCGACUUGGCGCCGUCCCCCAGCUACGGCCUGCACCGCUACCCCGGCGUCUUCAACAGCUCCUCCUCGGACGCCUUCCUGCAGGCCAAGAUGCACAGCAUCUUCUCGGGCAGGCCCACGGUGCUGGAGCUGCUGGACAUCCUGGACCACUACGCCCGCAACUGCGACAUGAUGCUGGCCAACCACGGCCUGGUGAGCGCGCUGCUGCGUGAGCGCUUCGACCUGCUGCUGGUGGACCCCAACGACAUGUGCGGCUUCGUGAUGGCCCACGUCCUGGGCGUGCAGUACGCCGUGUUCUCCACCGGCCUCUGGUACCCCGCCGAGGUGGGCGCCCCCGCGCCGCUGGCCUACGUGCCCGAGUUCAACUCGCUGUUGACCGACCGCAUGAGCCUGCUGCAGCGCAUGAAGAACGCGGGCGUGUACCUGGUGUCCAGGCUCGGGGUCAGCCUGCUCGUGCUGCCCAGGUACGAGCACAUCAUGCGGAAGCACCGGCUGCUGCCUGCCACGUCCAUGCCCGACCUGGUACAGGGCUCCAGCCUGUGGAUGCUCUGCACGGAUGUGGCGCUGGAGUUCCCGCGGCCCACGCUGCCCAACGUGGUGUACGUGGGCGGCAUCCUGACCAAGCCGGCCGGGCCGCUGCCACAGGAUCUGCAAAGCUGGGUGGACGACGCCGACGAACACGGCUUUGUCCUGGUGUCCUUCGGAGCCGGAGUCAAGUACCUGUCCGAGGACAUCGCCACCAAGCUGGCCGGGGCGCUGGGGAGGCUGCCCCAGAAGGUGAUUUGGAGGUUUUCGGGGACCAAACCGAAGAAUCUGGGGAACAACACGAAGCUCAUGGAGUGGUUGCCACAGAACGACCUGCUUGGGCACUCCCGCAUCAGGGCCUUCCUGAGCCACGGCGGCCUGAACAGCAUCUUCGAGGCCAUGUACCACGGCGUGCCCGUGGUGGGCCUCCCGCUGUUCGGGGACCACUAUGACACGAUGACGCGGGUGCAGGCCAAGGGCAUGGGCAUCCUGCUGGAGUGGAAGGUGGUCACGGAGGACGCGCUGCACGCAGCCCUGGUGAAGGUGAUCGGUGACCCCAGCUACCGCCAGAGCGCCCGGAAGCUGUCCGAGAUCCACAGGGACCAGCCCGGGCACCCGGUCAACCGCACCAUGUACUGGAUCGAGUACGUGCUGCGGCACCGGGGGGCGCGGCACCUGCGGGCCGCCGUGCACCAGCUGUCCUUCUGCCAGUACUUCCUGCUGGACGUGGCCUCGGUGCUCGCGCUGGGCGCCGCCGCGCUCUACUUCGUGCUGUCCCGCGGGGCCUCGCUCGCCCGCAGAACACUCAGAGGCUGGUGGUCCGGACGCAGACACAGCGUGGCCAACGGACACCCGCACAACGGGGUCCUCAACGGCAGAUGCGGCUGCAGCCUGUGCCCGGCCGGGAAGGGCCGCCGCUUGACCCUCGCAGACCUGAUCGGCCCACCUGACCCCGGACGGCUGUGUUACAUCAGCUCGCUGCAGGAGAUGGAAGGAGACGGGAAGCCCUGUCCCGCGGUGACGAUGGCCGGCUGCUGGGGUCCCUGGGCGUGUCUCCUGAAGGAGCGGGACCGGAACGGCCCCGGGCGUCAUGAGCGGCCCGGCAGCUGCACGGAUGCUAACAAAGGGGAGGACGAAGUGCAGGACGCGAGCGUCACCCUCCGACCCCGGCAGACGCCACUGAGCACCCGCCCCGACUCAGCUCUGGACGGCAGGCACGCGGUCGUCUGCAGGCGGCACCCGUCCCGCAGGGCGCCCGGUGUCCCCACCGCCGCCCGCAACCUCAGACCAGGCGUGUCUGGCAACGCCUCCUCCCUGACGGAGGACCUGGCCGGACACGGCCCCCGACAGACCCUCGACCCUGCGACCCUGUGCCGCGGCGGCCAUGCAGGAGCAGUGCGUUCUGCCGUCGGCUCGCCUGGCCGCGUGGCUUAG